AUGUAUAUCAUAUACAUUCAUAUACUGUAUGUACCAUAUCUGUACCAUAUCUGUACCAUAUCUCCAGUUUCCAAUGGUUCCUUUGCCAUUCUUGUGGAUGCAAUCCAGCGACGUUACCCGACAGUGCCAAGCCUGCGAGCUGUAGGCAGCCAGCCUGUGCCGUUCAGUGACUUCUCCUGCCGCGGUUGCCAGAGAAAGGAGGCAGCCCUCGACAUUUGUGGGGAGUUCGAGUGCGUCAUCGUUGUGGCAGCAAUGUGCAUUGAAGAAGAGCUCGAGGAAGACGAUGCAGAUGCUGAUCCCAGCGCAGGUGAUGGCAAGGCGAGGGUGAAGAGGAAGAUGGCCAUCGUCAUCGGUUUCAUUGGCACCAGGUACCGUGGCCUCAUGAUCAAUCCGGAAGUGGAGCAGAGUGCAGCCAAGAAAUCUGUUGAGGAAUUGAUUCGGGUGGCGUUGGUGAAAGCUAACAUCGUCAGUGAGUUGAACUCGCAGAAGUUGGAACAAAAGGUGAGCGCCUUACGCUUGGUCAUCUCAGCGCGUCUCUUGGUGUCCUUGGAAUCCUUGGACCAGGACUUCAGCCCAGAAUUGGUGGAUGAGAUCAAUGAGGGUCUGCCGGCGGACAUCCGCUGUUUCAGCGCUAAGAAGGUGCCGAACAGCUUCGAUGCCAAACACGCCUGUUCUUGGCGGGAGUAUGAGUACAUCCUCCCCACACAGCUGGCUCAGCCUCUUGAAGGUGAUUCGACUUUGAGUGCGGAAGUACUUGCUGAAAGGCUACAAGGAAUCAUGCAAAGAUUUGAAGGUUGCCAUUCGUUCCACAACUUCACACGCUUGAAGGCGUCCGACUGUUUGCCGCGCGCCGAACGCGAGAAAGGUGGGCCGGGGAUGGAUCAAUCAGGGGACAUGCAUGGACUAAAUGUUGAAUGA